UAGACCGUUGAUAAGUGUGAAUAUGUCUGACAAGGAAGGUGGGGCCUCAGAGGGGGGGCUGAAUGUUACCCUCACGUUACGGCUUCUGAUGCAUGGGAAGGAAGUGGGCAGCAUAAUUGGAAAGAAAGGGGAAACCGUCAAAAAGAUGAGAGAGGAGAGUGGCGCUCGCAUCAACAUUUCGGAGGGAUCUUCUCCAGAGAGGAUUGUUACCAUCACAGGACCAACAGAGGGCAUCUUCAAAGCUUUCUCUAUGAUCGCUGAGAAGUUUGAGGAGGACAUUACAGCUGCAAUGACAAACAGCACGGUAACAAGCCAUCCUCCAGUGACACUCCGCCUUGUGUUCCCAGGGAGUCAGUGUGGCUCCUUGAUAGGCAAAGGAGGCUCCAAGAUCAAGGAGAUCAGAGAGACCACAGGUGCUCAGGUGCAGGUUGCAGGGGACAUGCUGCCAGAAUCCACUGAGAGAGCUGUCACUAUCUCAGGCACUCCUCAGGCCAUCACACAGUGUGUCAGACACAUCUGCUCUGUCAUUCUGGAAUCACCGCCCAAAGGAGCAACUAUCCCAUAUCGCCCCAAGACCAUGCCAGGAGCCGGCCAUCCAGUAUUUCAACAACAACAACAACAACAUGCUUCACAAGCCUUCACAAUUCAAGGACAGUAUGCGUUUCCACAUCAAGAUUUGACCAAGCUUCACCAGUUGGCUAUGCAGCAUAUCCCCCUCCCUUCCCUUGGGCAAAGCAACCCUACCUUCCCUGGAAUGGAUGCCUCUGUCGCCACAAGUUCUCAGGAGCUGGCGAUACCCAACGACUUUAUUGGCAGCAUAAUUGGCAGACAAGGCAGCAAGAUCAAUGAGAUUCGCCAGGUGUCAGGAGCUCACAUCAAGAUAGCCAGUGCCACGGACGGAUCGCCCAUGCGCCAAGUCACAAUCAUAGGCUCUCCAACCAGCAUCAGUGUGGCACACUACCUCAUCAAUGUCAGCUUAGAGAUGGCUAAAUACACCAUGCAGGCUGCUUCCUCUGCGUCAUCUGUUGACCUCAACAAUAUGAGCUUCUCUCAGUCUGCUCCCACUGUCUCCACACCCACCUCUAUGGCUGUCAUGGCUGCCACCACCCAAGUCCCUGGCACCAUUAACAUGCACUCCCCCUCCACCUUACAGUCCAUCCCCACCCAGCACUAUGCUGUCCCCGUUUCCAGUCUGCUUGGCAUGAAAACGCUCCCUAUGCUGGCUAUGCACCCAGCAGCUGCCUCAGGGCUCCUGCAAGGUCUAUCCCCUUACACCACUAAGAUUCCUACUGCUGGCAUGAAAAAACCUGAGCGCCAGAAGUUUGCCCCAUAUUGACAUGUGGGAUAAGAAUUGAAUUCUCCUUCCAAAAACACGUUUGGGGUCAGUACUGCAUAACACUUGUUCCCUGUUGCAAAGCUUGAUUGAGAUAUAUUGACUGUAUGCAGAGGCCUCAUGCCCGUAGGGGGGACAGGGGCGUGUUCCCCCUCAGAUUUGUCUUGUUGAAAAAUAUGUUGUUGUUGUUUCUCUGUGAUACUACUAGCCACCUAGCAAUUUUAUGAAGUUGGCUUUAGGUAGCACAGAUAGGUUCCCAAUCUACUACCCUCAUUACUAGCUACCAAGAAACCAUUUCAGGAUGUAAAUAAAGUUAGAGUAGCUCGUUAACAAGGUUUCCUGCUGGCAAGAUUGCUACACUUUAGAAAAGCAAGUAGUUGCUAAAUGUACUGAAUAAAACUCACAUGAAUUAAAAUAUUUUACCCAGACUUUAGCAGAGCAGCAGAAAAGCAUAUAAGAGGUAUGCUGAGAUAUGCAGAAAAAAAUAAACAUAUUUUUGGCAUAUAAUUAAGCAUAAUGAUUAUUCUCUAGAUUGCAGGAUAAGGCUUUCAGCUGUUUGACACACACACACACACACACACACACACACACACACACACACACACACACACACACACACACACACACACAGUAGUGUAACAGUUUUGUUUGCAACUGUAACUAAAGCGAAAUACCUACUUGUGUAUCAGAACAUACACAACAAUACACAGGCAUUUCUCAAGCUUACAGUAUGUGAUGCACAGACACAGCGGAUCCUUCCAGCAGAACAGUUUUCUCAGAUAUGAUGUACUGUAUUUUGUUUUGAAUCGCUAUAAACAGUUGGCCAAUGAUGUGGUUAGGAAAAAGCCAGUUCCAAACCAGAAUUGACGUUGUAGCAGCUGCAUUCUAUCGGUAGGGUAACUGUUAGGUAAUACUUUACUUGACACCCAUGGCCAUAACCAUGUCAUAAUAUGUCAUAACAGCUGACAUAAUGUGUCAUAACCUGUUAUAAUAUGGUCAUAACACUGUCAUGACCCAUAUAUUUACACCUCUUGUGACAUAUAUUGUGUUAUUUUAUGGCUGGUUAUGACACCUACAUCAGAGUGUCAAAACCCACAUUUAUUCAAAUGAGUUUUUUCACUGCCAAGACGUUUCCUUUUGUUUGAAUGUUUCUUUCUGAAAUCCUUUGUUGUGGUAAUAUAUUUUUGUUACAGUCAUGCUUCUUUUUUUAUCGUCAUUUUUCAAAAAUGAUCUCGUAGAAAAUGAAGUUUAUUGCACUGCCGUGAAGCAUGAUGACCUCCCUGUGACACUUUACGUGGACUAAGAAAAUACAAUUUAUGAAACUGUCACGAAGCAUCACGACCAUCAUAAUCAGACAAGCCAGAUUGGCCUAUCACGUACAUGCCCUGAUAUCAGUCAUCAAUCAAAAAGAGGGUGUCUUGUCCUGCUCCUGCAAUCUGAUCCUGCAUUCAUCCCAGUCAUCAGCAACAGAGCAUUGGGGUAGGUGCACGUCCGACAUCAAUGUGUGCGCAAUUAAAGUGAGAAUUCCAU